GCCGUUUGUUUAUGCUGAAACUGGUAGUACUCCAACAUGAUAAACUCGGCAACGUCAAAAGAUGAAACAGUGGAACAAAAUCAACCUGUUCAUUCGACAUAUAAAAGAGUUGGGUCAGCCGUAUUUUAUGCUGCUUCUUCUUUUCUAAUUACCGUUGUUAAUAAGAUUGUCUUAACGUCGUUCAAAUUUCCAUCCUAUCAAUUCCUUGGACUUGGCCAGAUGGUUUCAACAAUAACAGUUCUAUUAACAUUGAAAUUAGUUGGUUUGGUGAACUUUCCCAAUCUUAGCAGAGACAUUCCAAAAAAAGUAUGGCCUUUACCUUUAAUCUUCUUCGGCAAUUUAGUAUUUGGUUUAGGAGGAACAAAAAAGCUCAAUUUGCCAAUGUUUACCGUUCUAAGAAGAUUCUCUAUUCUGUUUACAAUGAUAGCCGAGUUUUAUGUUCUUGGAACAAGAGCAUCAUUGAGGGUUCAAUUGUGUGUAUAUGUAAUGAUAAUUGGUUCUAUAAUAGCAGCAAGUGCUGACCUGACAUUUAAUCUUGUAGGAUAUAUAUUCAUAUUGUUGAAUGACGUAUUUACUGCAGCUAAUGGUGUAUAUACAAAGCAAAAAUUAGAUGCUAAGGAUUUGGGCAAAAACGGUUUACUUUUUUAUAAUACUUUAUUUAUGGUUGGACCAAUUAUCAUCCUGUGCAUAAUAAAUGGAGAUAUAUCGAAGGCCAUGGAAUACUCAAAUUGGAACGACAUAUCUUUUCUUAUAUCUUUUCUGACAUCUUGUACAAUGGGGUUUAUAUUGACUUAUUCAAUUGUUCUAUGCACGCAAUAUAAUAGCGCUCUAACUACCACAAUAAUAGGAGUUUUGAAGAAUCUGAUCGUAACGUAUGCUGGUAUGGCUAUUGGAGGAGAUUAUGUAUUCUCCUGGGUAAAUUUUAUGGGAUUGAAUAUCAGUGUCUUAGGCAGUCUCUUUUAUUCAUAUUUUACCUUUGGAGGAAGUAAACCUAAAACAACAUCUCAAUCUAUCGUCUCGAAGCAGCAAAGUCCUAAAAAUUCUGCGAAUUUGGUAUCAUAA